CAGAUAUAGAUUGUAAUCCCUAUCUUAUCUAAUCCAAUAAUUUUUACCGUGAACUGUUAUAACAUAUUGGUUUAUUUCAAAUCUUAUCGAAUUUCAGAUUUACACCCAGUGUUGUUUAAUAUUUUCCAUUUUGGCGUGAAAGUUUUUGGAAAAUUAUGGAGACUAGUUCGAGUUUGGAAAAUAUAAAGACAACAAUUAACAUCCGUGCUCUAAUUUCUGUAUAUGAAAAUAAGGCAGCAAAUAAAGAAUCGACCUACCCAAGGUCCAGAUCUGGAUCUGUAGGAAAUGUUUUAUCCAAAAACGUAAUAGUAAAAGAGAAUCAAAUCAAAACUCUGGGCGACGUACACAACAUUUUAGAAUCAAUUGAGCAACGACUAAAUCAGUACGAAAUUUACAACAAAGAAAAACAUGUUUCAUUUCAGGAAGAACUUUUUAAUAUUUUGACAAGUAUAAUCAAUAUUGAUAAUGAUGAUCCCGAAGAAGCAAAAGCUUUAAUAACCAAAACUAAAAACUAUGUUUCAUUUUUAAAUAAUAAAUUGCCCUCUAACGGUCUUACAAGUCGUUAUUCAAAUCAAGUUUCUACAUUUUCUGAACCAGAGAAAAUUGUCAAAGAAAAACCAACAUUUAAGGCCAAAUAUAAAAAUUUCAAAUCAGUUGAUGCAGUAGCCGGUACAGUUAACGUAGAAAACAACGAUGAAAUUGAUAGUAUGAAACCAACAAUUCCUGUAAAAGUAUUAAAAGAAAUAUUCCAAGUACCAGAAGUUCAAAAAAACGAUAAUAAAGAAAGUAAACUUGUAAAAACUAAACAAACUACAUAUAAGUCACAUGUUGCAGUUUCUUUGUACAACAAGAAUGUUAAAAAUAAUACCAGCAAUGACCAAAGAGUAGUAACCAAUGGCGAAAAUACAACUCAUUCGAAAAUAGAAGAAGCAGUUGAAAAACCUUAUGAAAUAGCUUCAUAUACCAGUGUUCCUGUAUCAGUUGUGCAAUUGAGAAACAUUUUUGAAACAAAGUCUAGAGAAAAUGCUACUGGUCUACCACUUAUUCUAAAUGAAGAAAAACCCCCCAUUACGAGGUUUAAUUACAAAACAAACAUUGCAGAAACAACUAAACCUGAAGAUUUAGAACGAAUUCAAGUGUCGAGUUACUUAAGGUCAAUAGAAGACGAUUCAAAUGGUUUAUUGGAAAUAUUAAAGAGGGAGAGACAGCCAAGAGAAUUUAAUUAUGUUCUAAAUAUUAAUAAUGACGAAGAAGAUACCAAUCAUAUUGAGACACGUAGUUACCUCGAAAAUAGUGAUUUUGAUCAAAUGUCUAGUUUGGAAUAUACGGAGAGUAGUGGUGGCAAUGAUGACAACAACGAUGAUGAUGGUGAGGGUGGCAGUGUUACAAGUUCAGAAGAAAGUGUAAAAUCAGUGGAUAGUGUGAAAAGAGCAGUAAUAAGGGUAGAAAAUGUAAAUAGCGAGGCAAGUAACGACUCGGGAAUGAUAGUUGGUCCUACUGAGGAUACUACUGAAGUAAUAAGCGUUGAAAAAGUAAAUUUGGAAACGACAAAUGACUUUAACAGUUAGUACUUAGAAUAAAUAAUUAUCUUACAAUAAUAACAUCGUCAUAGAUUAUGAAAAUGUGUUUGUACAUAUAUACAGUAUUUUUUUUAAUUAAAAACCUGUGUUCAUAUGCACCUGGUAGGUACAAAAACGCUGGUUUUCUGUUAAUUAAUAACUAAAAAGAACCAUUUGUUCGUUACCAUUUGUGUAGUUUAAGUUCUUUG